CGCCCUCUGAAACACAGGGGCGGCUGGCAGGGAGGGGCCGCCGCCGGGCAGCCCCGCGGCCCCGCCGGCCCCGGCCGUACCUCCAUGUGCCAGUCGCUGCUGGCCAAGAAGCGGCGCGCCACGGCCGCGUCGCUGCUGGUGAUGGCGGCGAACUCGGAGCACAGCACCUUCCUCCGCUUGGCGACGUGCAGCGCCUCCUCAUCCUCACCCUCACCCUCACCCUCACCCUCACCCUCACCCUCCCGCGGGUGCUCGGCGGGCGGCGGGCUCGGCGCUGCCCCGGCCGGCUCCUCCAUGGCUGCGGCGGAAGGCGGCGGCAGGCACCGCCCGCCCGGGUUGCCGUUCCGGGGCGCGGCGGGCGGCGUUCAGCGGGGCUGCGGCAUGGGGUUCACCGUGGAGAGCCUGAGGGAGGCCAUGAAGUACAUGCUGGAGUCGCAGGGCUUCGACCGGGUGCUCCGCAAGAUGAAACUUCAAUCUGCAGCUCCUGGAAAAGUUGUUUGUGAAAUGAAAGUAGAGGAGGAGCAUACAAACAGAGGUGGCACGUUACAUGGAGGUUUGACAGCCACUCUUGUGGACGUGGUGUCAACAGCAGCCUUGCUGUACACAGAGAGAGCAAUGCCUGGGGUCAGUGUGGACAUGAACAUCACAUAUACUUCUGCUGCUAAGAUUGGAGAAGAGAUACUGAUUACAGCUCAGAUUUUGAAGCAAGGAAAAAAUCUCGCAUUUGCCACCGUGGAUUUAACAAAUAAGGCUACAGGAAAGUUAAUUGCACAAGGCAGACAUACAAAGUUCAUAGGCAAUUAAUAUGAAAAAGUACUUUAAAUAUUAAUGUUGGACCUCAGAAUCCUGUAUAGAAUUAUUUUCAUAAGAUGAUGCUUAUGCAGUAUCAUCUGCACAAAGUUGUGAUAGUCUCUAUCGAGUGAAUUUGUCUCACUUCUAUAAAAAAGGAACAGACUUUUUAAUUACCACCAGAAUGCUACAAACCUGGGUUUGAGAUGAACAACAAGAGUGUGACAGCCUAGGGAGGCACCUGUCUUUUUUUGGUCAAGAUAGCAGAAGGGAAGAGCCUUUGGACCAGCCAUAUGGUUAACCAGCAGGACGGCAUUUUAAGAGACCUGCUUUCUCUACCUGUGGUGUCAUGUGACAAAGCAACCCUUCUUCAGGCCUGUCACAGUCAAACACACACCACUAGAAGUGCUUACAAGCUACUUGUUCCCCAAGAUGGUAGUACAGAGUUCCUAUAACAUCAUCCAGAACUGGUUUGAAAGUGUAAAGGAGGCUAAUGUAAAAUGUAAUUUACUGAUGCUGUAACGAAUCAAUAAGUAUUCAAUAAAGCUUUCUGAAACUAC